AUGGAUUUUCAGAAUCGAGUCGGGUCGAAGUUCGGUGGUGGUGGUGUAGCAGGCGCUUCGGAGGCCAAUGUCGACAGGCGAGAGCGUCUCAGAAAAUUGGCGAUGGAGACCAUUGAUCUAGCAAAGGAUCCAUACAUUCUCCGCAACCAUCUUGGUUCAUACGAAUGUCGUCUCUGUCUUACUCUUCACACAAAUGAAGGCUCCUACCUUGCACACACGCAAGGUAAAAAGCAUCAGACCAACCUGGCCCGACGUGCCGCACGCGACAUGAAGGAUGCGCAGCUAAUGAUUGCACCAACUCAAACGAAUGUGCAACGCAAAGUGUUCCUGAAAAUUGGAAGACCGGGUUAUCGGGUCACAAAAGUACGCGAUCCAGAAAUGCGACAAGAAGGGAUGAUGGUCCAGGUUCACCUCCCACAAAUCAAAGACGGUGUCAUUCCACGACGUAGGUUCAUGAGUGCUUGGGAGCAGAAACGGGAGCCUCCAAACCGGGCUUAUCAAUAUCUCAUUGUCGCGGCUGAGCCAUAUGAGACUAUAGCGUUUCGCAUUCCUGCUAGAGAGAUCGAGGAUGACGAUGACGAUGAGGGAGGUUGGAACUGGUCGCACUGGGACGCAGACACGAAGCAAUACAGCUUCCAGUUUAUGUUUAAAUCGCAUUUCUGA